CCUCUCUUUUUCCGGGCCCGGUUCACUUCCCUUUUUCCCUGCCGGUUAUAAAAUCCGCUCGCCCUGAGCCUCCUCAGAGCCGGGGACGGAUCGCCGGCCUAGACGGACGACGGACGGGAUGGUCGCUCCGCUACGGACCUGGGCGGCCCUCGUGCUGCUCCUCGGCGCGGCCGGGGUCGAGGCGAGGAAUCCGGGAUUUGUGGUCAGGAUCUCCCAGAAGGGACUGGAUUAUGCCCGCCAGGAGGGCAUCGUGGCGCUGGAGAAGGAGCUGUCGAAGAUCAGUUUACCCGACUUCUCGGGCAGCUUCAAGGUCAAGCGUUUUGGGAAAGGCCACUAUGAUUUCAACAGACUGGAGGUUACCAGCUUCCGCCUGCCGACGUCUCAGAUUAGCUUGCUGCCCGGGCUGGGGCUGAGGGUGGCCAUGUCCAACGCCUUCAUCCAGGUCUCCGGCCACUGGAAAGCACGCAAGAACUUCAUCAAGCUCAAAGGUUCCUUCGAUCUGAAAGUGGAAGGCUUAUCCAUCGCGACUGACGUCCAGCUGGGCAGUGACCAGGGCGGUCGUCCUACGGUCUCAGCUUCUGGCUGUAGAAGCCACAUCUCCAAAGUCAAAGUGCAUAUCUCCGGACGCUUAGGCUGGAUCCUGAAUCUUUUCCACCGAAAAAUCGAGUCCAGGUUCCGCAGUUCCAUGGAAGGCAAGAUCUGCGAAAAACUGGUGUCAGCGGCCCGCUCCAAACUCCAACCCUACCUGCAGACUCUGCCAGUGACAGCCAAGAUCGACCAGGUGGCCGGCAUCGACUAUGCCCUGAUCAACCCACCCAGGAGCUCUGCCAACACCCUGGACGCCGAGCUGAAGGGUGAAUUCUUCAAUCUGAACCGCCGGUCCGCUCCGUCCUUCGCUCCCCCUGAGCUGAAUAUCCCUCCGGCUUCGGACCGCAUGGCCUACUUCGGAGUCUCGGAUUACUUCUUCAACACCGCCUUCUCCGUCUACCAGGAGGCCGGGGCCUUAUCGCUCUCCCUCUCCGACGACAUGAUUCCGAAGGAAUUCAAAGUCCGUUUGAACACGGCGUCUUUUGGGGGGCUGAUCCCUCAGCUGGCGAGGAUGUACCCCAACACGGCCAUGAAGCUCGUCGUGUCGACCGCCACGGCUCCGUCGCUGACCAUCCGGCCGGGAAGCGUGACCCUCCGGCCGGAAUUCAACCUGGAGGCCCUGGCCCUCCCGCCCAACGCUGCCCAAGUUCCGCUCUUCGUCCUCGGCCUGUCCACCAACGCCUCCAUCGAAGUGGGCGUGAGAGGAGUGACCAUUUUCGGGACGUCCACGGUGGGCAGGGUGAAUCUGGAGCUGAAACAAUCGGCCGUGGGCCCUUUUUCCGUGACCCUCCUGGAAGCCAUCAUCAACUACUAUGUCUCCUCUGUUCUGCUUCCGAAGGCCAAUGAGAGGCUGGAGAAGGGCUUCCCGUUACCUCUGUUCCGUCAGCUCCGACUGUCCAACCUCGUCCUUCAGCCGCGGCAGAACUUCCUGCUGUUCGGGGCCGAUAUCCAACACGGAUGAUGGAGCCUGGGAACUUCGUCGGGGGGUCACUUUUCUGGAUGGGUUGGGGGCGAGGGGAGGUUGUCAU